AUGAAGCAGCUGUUGUCUAAGGCAUGGCGCUAUCGUCAAAACGGGUGGCGACAAGCAGCUGUGCUCAACACGGUGGGUAUAUCCAUUUUCACUCUCUUGACUAUCGCUCUUCUGGCCUGGAGCAGCGCGAAACUUGGCACCAUCAACGGGAAUGUCAUCCUCUUCAGAGGCAAUUGUGCCACCACCAAGAAAGCUAACAUAUGGCUGCAUCUACUUCUCAAUGUCUUCUCCACGGGAAUACUCGCCUCGUCCAACUUCUUCAUGCAAGUUUUGAGCUCUCCAUCCCGGAGCGAAGUGGAUUCUGCCCACAGGAAGAGCAUCUCCCUUGAAGUCGGCGUUCCAUCCAUCAGAAACCUCUUUUUCAUCUCCAAUUUUAAGAAGAUAUGCUCGUUUCUCUUUUUCCUCAGCUCAAUCCCAGUCCAUCUGUUCUUCAACAGUGCCAUCUUUACCACCGAUUAUCAAGGGAGUAAGUGGCAACUUACUAUCGCGUCAGAAGGCUUCGCCAAUGGCGCCCAAUACUUCCCGCCAGGCGCAUUGCUCUUGCCCGCUGGUGCAGCUACGGGUGUAACGGGAUACGGUCAACCAGUUAGUCUUACCGAUUACUUAGACCAUGAUUCAGAAGUGAUUGAGAAAAUUUCAUCUACGGCUAAAGAAUCCCGCGGCUGGAAACGCAUCGAGGUUCCCGAGUGCCGAUCACAGUAUCAGUUUUGCUCCGCGCGCACUAAAUACGGUGAUGUGGUGAUGGUUGUCGAGUCCCACAACUCAAGUUUCAUGUUCAGCAGAGACAAACGUCUGGGUUGGACGCGAGACGGCAUCUUCGAACCUCCGUCUCGCAAUGCUGCUCAAUUUUGGGACCCGUAUGUCCCUGCUUCGGAAAGCAAUUCUCUUUGGUUUUCUUCUAUGUGUAGCACGGAGGCAGAUCUUAACCCACGGACGCAUCGCUUUGCAGGAUGUUUUCAAAACUGCAGCCGUGCUUACGGACAAAUUGAUAGGGGAUACGACGUCCUUCCCGCAGACAGGAUCAACCCACAUUAUAGCUUUAACUUUUUGCUGGACGAGUUUGUUGAGGCCAGCUUGCAAUCAAAAAGACCGAUAGUUAAGUCUCAAAAUGCCUUGAAGUUUGACCUGAAAUAUUGUUUAGUUCAAGAGAUCGACCCAGUUUGCAAAGUCGGCCUCUCAACCAAAGUGCUGCUGAUCGUCGUCGUCUGCCUUAUAACGAAAACAUGCCUAUGUAUAGUGGUCCUUGCAACAUCACCUCCAGAGGAUCCUCUGGUCGUGCCAGGAGAUGCUAUUGUCUCGUUCAUCACAGCGCCAGAGGAGAAAACUGCGGCAAGAUGCACACUGGAUCGUUUCGUUGCAGACAGGACUUCGAGCAGCAUGACAUCCAGACCGAUACAACCUCAACAGGAACCACCACCACAGCCGCAGCAAUGGCGCCGAAGAAAUCGGCGAUGGCUUUCAGCUAUACCAAUUUCAGCAUGGGUGCGGAGUUAUUUUAUUUUCACAGGCGUAAUUAUCUUCUUGGUCGCCAUGUUUGUGACUGCAAACAACACGUACCCCGUCAAGGGCGGCUUUCUAGCCAGCAAGCCUUCUCUCAUAGCCCACACAAUGGCCUCCUAA